AUGGAUAUCCUUAAGAAUUCGCUUGCACAUGUCCUAAACUUCAUAUCAAUGAAAAGAAGCAGAUCAAGCAGUGACGAUAAGCUUAUCAACCUAAAAAGGAAAAAAGUUGAUAUCGAUUUACACCUGAGGAAAAAUUCAGAAAUUGAGUCUUAUACACAAAAUGCAUCCAAUGAAGAUUCUCAGCCCACUCACUGGGUAUCAAAUAUUCAAGAUCCUCAUGAGCUCUACAGAUCUGUCGUUACAAAAGAAGAAGAAAACUCUCCUCUCCAAUUAAAAGAAAAAGUAAAAACAAUGAAGAGUGUGGCCAAUAUUAUCGUUGGCCACCUAAUUGAGCAUUCUAAAAGUGCAAGCUCAGAAAAACUAUCAAAUAAAACUAUCAACAGCACAGACGACUCAGAUUCCAGCCAUAAACUCAAAAAUCCGAAGCAUGCCUUGACUUUUGAAGAAAUGAUAGAAGUCGAAAGGAUUUUUAAUUGCUUUAAAAACAAAGAAAUCUUUAGCCAAAAUCAUUUGCAAGCUGUGACUUAUAGCGAUAUAAAGACCUUGAAACCGCAAUCCCAUGUGAAUGAAAAAGUUAUUGAUUUUUAUGUAGGCUUAAUAGAUACUCCAGACUCAAUGGUUAUUUUUGAUCACAAAAUGUUUUCGAUGCUAGAAGAUAUGGAAAUGAGGAAUGAAUGGGAUUCUGAUAGACUAAUUGCGCAUUUAAAACGAACUAUUGGAGACAAUAUAUAUGCAGAUCAGCUUAUUUUUCCAGUUUUGCUUAAGAAUAAUCAUUGGGUGGCAGCUUUGAUAAAUAAUGAUUAUAAAAGUAUUGAUUAUUUUGAUAGCAUGGGAGAUGCGAAUUUUGAUUAUGUGUGCUCUAUUUUAGAAAAAUUUGUGUGUGUUAUUCAGAAUGGAGAAAAUGAGCCGUAUGAUUGGAAUGAAAUGAAAGUCCCAGAACAAACUUUUCCUUACUUCCCCUCUGUUGACAGACAAAAAAAUUUGCUAAACGGGACUAAUUUUUUUUUAAAGUUUAAUCUAAUUGGAAAGUAAAAUUUAAUUAGUAAAUUUAUGUUUUAGAAUAUAAACUCAUAAGAGCUUCAUUAUAGCGACUAUCACAUAUAUAUUAAAUUUUUUUUUGAUUACUCACAGAAGUUUGAUUUUCCCCUUAAAUAAUUUUUUUAUAAUGGCUUUGCUCACUCAAACCACAGAGGAGCUAUGAUUCUGGGGUUUUUAUGCUGAAAACGCUUACUUGUUUAGCAAACAGAAGAGACCUGGAUUUUUGCCAAAAUCAAAUAAGAUUUUUAAGAAAAAUGAUGGUAUUAGAGAUCAAAAACGUCCAGUUAUUUAAGGGUCAUCAGGAAAAAAUCUAACUGUGUUUUUUUCUCGAUUUUACAGGAAAAACAACUUUUUGAAAAGUAUUUUAUAAGGAUCUAAUUAUAUUUAGCUGGAGAUGCAGCCUCUGAGAUCUAAUAUAUAACAAAAUUGCUGCAAUCUUAAUUCUAAAACCUAAAAACGUAUGCCAAAUGAAGAAAGAAGUUGCAUUGCAUCUUAGCCAAUAUAUUUUUUGGCUGUCAAAUUUUUUUAUUCAAAAAUUGCAUAAAAAAACCAUAAUAAAAAUUGAAAAAUUCAUAUAUCAAGAAUUUAGACUUCUCUAAUAAAUAUAUAUAUAGAUUUAUUAACUAUAGAUCUCUAAAUUAUAAGUAAAAAUAAUGAAUGCGUGUGACGAAAUUUUAAGCAAAAACGAUAUAAAAAAACACCAUUUUUGACAGUAAAAAGGCAGCAUAAAAAACUGCCUUUUUUUCCGGCUCAACCCGUUAUUUAAUAGCAAAUAUUAA